GUUGGAUGAUGGAUUUGGAUUCAAUGAGAGCUAUCACGUUCUUGCUGUUCCUGUGGCUGCCUUUAUAGUUUCAAUCAGGAUAAAGCAUGAAGUGCAGAAUACCAUGGAUCUCAUUAAGCAGGUCAUUGCUAGUGAUUGGACUCAAGUACGUGAGCAGGAAACUCUAUUGCAUUGGUGUACUUUUGUACAAGCAAAAUCAAGUGAAUGAGGCUUCAAAAGCUCUCAAAUUCUGCUGCAGGGCAGAGUGGGGCUGCCUUAAAAUUCUUUUCCAGAAUAGGGUUCUGGCUGAUCCUUCAGAAGAAGCUUUUCUCGAUUAUGUUAGUGAUGCUUGCACAAGAACUGUUUUUCUUGUUGAUCUCCUCGGUCAGUGUGGAAGCAUGAAACUGCAGAAACUAAUUUUGGAAAGUCUUGAAAAUUGGUCUGCUGCUGAGGAUUUGUCUAUAAAGCUCCAACCUCCAGCGACUCUAGUGCAACAAUGGGUGAAGAUUAACUGUGAACUUAGCCAGAGCAUGGGUUCAGACUAUAGCGCUUCAACUUUGCAUUGCUUGCUAGGUUCUUCUACAAAAGUCUCAGUAAGGUCCAUGGGCAAACUCCUACAGCAGGAGCUCCAUGUUUAUGAGAGAAUGCAAAGUACAUACCCUGUAUUUUCGUACAGAAUGCUGCUGAAAGUCAUAGAUAUCCUCAUGCAACAUGUUUAUAUCCAAGAGCAAGAUUAUUUAGAGAGAUCAAGAAUCUUGCUUAGAAAGGGAUGGGCGUUAAGAGCUAAUUUUGAUCAAGGUCUAUCCGACAGCAUCCAAUGUAUAUCGGAAGCAAUUUCGUUAAUUAGUUCUAAAACAAUUGGCCAAGGAAGUGCAUUAUCUCAUCAAUUAGCCAUGUCACAUAGUUUACGAGCACUCUGCAUUCAGGAAGUAGAGCCGAACUCAAAGGAAAUUAUUCGAGAUUUUAAAGCUGCCCUAAAUCUAUGGUUGAGCAUUCCGCAUCCUGAUGGUCUUAGACAAGUCGAAGAGAGUGCAUUUACUGGUGAUCUGCUGUUAAUGUUGUGUAAUAUAUUCGAUGUAUUAACACUAAAGGGUUUCACAGAACUCACCCAUGACAUCUACAAGCUCAUGAUUAGAUUCUGUGAAUGGCGAAACGUGUCAGUUGAAAAAUGUGUGCACUUCUUGUGGGGAAGUAGAAGGCUUAGUCACGCUCUUUGCUUCUCGCCAAUAGACAAUGCCUUCCUUACUGGAUUGUCAUGCAGUUCCGAUGACAAAUUCAAUACCAUGGGGUUUUGGAUAGGCUGUCUAAAAGUGUCGAUGCCUCUAUUAGUUGGAUUCCAGCUGAAGCUAUCAAUUUCAUCUUCUUGUUGCUCUUCCAAUCUUGGCACUGAUUGUCAGUUAGAUGUUACAGUUGAUGGUGUAAAGAAGGCUGCUUCUGAGCUUAUAUCUGAUGGUCCUACGAACAGUUGGUCAGCUUUCUUUGCUGCGUAUCUUUACUAUGAUUUGUCUGAAAGGCUUAGGGGAAGUGCGCAAUUUAUUGAGGCUCUCUCCUCUGCAAGACAGGCAUACAAAUUGCGCUCCAAAUUGUUUCAAUACAAUUUCACAUAUCAACGCGGGCAUUAUACUGAAAGGGCAGAUUGCACUCAGAAGUGUACAUAUAGCAUCCAGAACCUACGAGUGAACAAAUCAAUUGCUAUUCAAGUAUGGUCCGCUAAUAAUAUUUCAGAGGAUUUGGACACAUGUUAUCUUAGUCCAUGGAAAGUGCUUCAGUGCUAUCUUGAGAGCAUUCUUCAGGUUGCUGUCCUGUAUGAAAUGAUCGGAAACGGAGUAGAGGCUGAGACUUUUUUAUUGUGGGGAAAAGAAAUCUCUAGCUGCUUGAACUUGCCGCUUUACAAAGUUGCAUUUUCUACUAUUUCUAGGGAAACUAUAUCGUGAGAAACUGUCUUGGGAUCUAUCAGAAGAGGAACUUCAAAGUGCCAAAGAAAUCUUGGCACACAGUGGCACUGCUAUUUCUUGUUCCAGGUGUAGAUUGAUGCUAGAAAGCUCUGUGAAUCAGCAGCUUGGUGAUUUGACUCGUAGCCGUUUGGUCACUGCGACCGAGGACAUCUCACAUGAAUUAUUAUCUUUUGCGGAAUGCUUGUACUCAUCAGCUCUGGAAAAGUUGAACCUGCCAAAGUGGAAAACUCAAUUGGGGAAUAUGGAUGAUAGUUCUGUUGCAACAUAUCCAGAGGGAAUAGAAUUUGUUGCAUCCAGAGUGAAGGCAGGAGUCCGAAAGAGUAGACGAACCAAAAAUGCACCAGUAUCUUUAUUGGAGGAGAAUAGGUCUGUGGUUGCGCUUAAUACAAGGUCAACUCGAUCUAGGUAUCGUUCUUCUCAGAAACAAAAUGUGAAUAGUUGUGCUGAGCCACAAACUGGAAUUUCAAAGGGCCGUGAGACCAAAAGUGGUUGUGGUUUAUCUCAAACAAGUGGUGAAGGGCGGUUGUUACCGGAGGUAAAAUGUUGUAGUGUUGAGGGUAAAGGUACAUGCAUUUGCAACAUUGGGCAUUGUUCCAUCGCUCCGUCUCUGGAAGCAAAGGAAUCUGGAUUAUUGAGUCAUUACAUUCAAAUGAGAUGGGAGUUUGCUUGCAGACGGAUUUCUAUCGGAUUACUUGAUGGGAUAGGUACAAUUCUGCCUUCAUGGUUAUAUAUAUAGAAGUGUGUGUCAUAAGUCUUGAACUUGUUUCCUUUUCCAUUUAUGCAUAAACCUCAUUUGGUGUUGCAUAUUCCUCCAUCCUCCCGGUACCUUAUCAAAAACUUGUUUUCCGAGCCCUAAUGGUAUACUGUCACCUGGUGAACCUAUUAUUAUGGUCUGAUAUGGAGGUUUAGGGAUCUAAUUGGAGGUUUAAGGUGGAGUUGUUUAGAAGGGGUUGGAAAUUUUGAGUGAAUGCUGAGUUUUAAUUGGGGAAGCUAAUGUGAAAUUUGUAGAGAACAACAAUGCAUCCCGCUAAGAUGGUAAAAAUUUGUAAUAUUGGCAAGUCGGUUCGAAUUCUUGAAGCAACUUCAUUUUGCUAUUGUUUUAUACAGAAUCUAUUCUCUUAUUUACAUUGUUUUUCCAAUGCUGUUCAGGAAGGUGCCACGAGAUUCGAGCUCGACAUCAUGAUCAACACAAAGUUUCUUUACAAAGUAUCGCUGUCUUAUUAGGUCAAAACCCAUUCGGUUUGAAUCAAAUUUCUAUGUCAUCAAACUCCCUACUUAAUCUAUUAUCCAAGGAGUGUUUCCGGAAUGUUUUUGCUGUUGAGCUUGGGCAAGUGCUUUACAAUGUAUGCUGGAUCUCUUUGAAGAGUUACUGCAUGAAGGACGCAAGGUAUUUGUUCUUUGAUUGCCGUUGGAUCUAUAUAUGCAGCCCCGCAACUAGUGUUGUACUUUUCUUCUGGUGCUUUUAUUUGUACUUUCUUGAUAAGAUGUUUAUAUUAAUGAUGAAUAAUUUAUCUGUAAGAUCGUUCUGACUGCGGUUGUGGGUUUCCGGCUUUCUGUAGCCACUGCCUGAAUCUUUCCUGUGUAUUGAAAUAUUAUUAAGUGGCUUUAGCCUUUUAUUAGCUUCCAGGGGGGUCUUAUUUUAGGCAAGCACUUGUUACAGAUUGAAUGCCAAAACAUGUUCCAUUCAUUUUAUUGUCCUGUAUUCUCUGUGUUACUUUGUUAGUAGUGAUAAUGUUACUAGUCCACUUAUUAGCUCACAUUUUCUGAUAAUAGGAACAUCUGCUGCAAUUUCACUCAAAUCAAGUUACCGGAAGCAGUGUCUUGGUUGUUACAAGCCUUUGUACUUUGUCGAGAAGUUCCUAACCUGUUGAAGAAGGUGAAAAAUAAUUGUUUCCCUUCAUUUCUUUGGCAUAAUCUGCUCUUGUGUUCCAUGUUCAAUAUGUGUUUGGAUUUGAAAUGCUUUACACUGAACACUUGGUGUCCUUUGAUGCUUAUAGUGAAUCGAUAAUUCUGUUACUGUCAUCCAUGUUGCUCAUGCGAAAGCUUUUAAUGGCUUGGUGACAUUUGGUUCCUGUAUUGUUACUUUGAUGAACAAACAGCUUUGUUGUCACAAUACUUUCAAUCAAAUCUUACAUCACAUCCUUCUAUACUUUAGCUACGAUGGAUCGUUUGAAGUUUUGUUGUUUCAGUUGGCUUAGUAUGCUUCUUAGAGCCACAAGUUUGUUCUUCAAUUUGAAUUAAUAUCCUCAUUAAUUGACCUCAAGAUAUGUUCUAGAUAAAUAUGCCACGUAACUGCUUGCUCAUCAACAAGGCUGAAGAUGAUCCUCAUUACCAAAAAAGGAUGAAAAUGAUCCUAUAAUAGGUUCCGUUUUGAAUUAGAUGAAUUAUAUUAAUGAACUUUAAUAAUGUUGGAUUUGUCUG